AUGCCAAUCACAAUUCCACCCUUCGAAUAUGCGCCAGUGAAGACUUCAUGGCUGAAGCGUGAUGUACUUCUUUUCGCUCACUCAAUUGGCUGCAAAGCGGGGGAUGAGCUUCACUUUCUUUAUGAACUACACCCAAAAUUCCAAGUCUUCCCCACGUAUCCUAUUGUGCUAACCUUCAAACACGCUGACACCGACAUUGUGGACUUCCUCGCGCGAAAUGCAGCUCGGACUCUCCCUCCGGGCUGCCCGGUGUUAGACUGGGGCGUGGCUGUCGAUGGGGGACGACGAAUGGAGUUCCUAUGUCCCCUACCACCAUCUAGUGAGGGGAAGACGUGGGAUAUCCACACCAAAGUUCUGGGGGUGUUCGAUAAGGGAGCGGGAAAAGGAACAGUGAUGGAGAUGGAACAUGUGCUGAAGCAGCGGGAGAGCGGCCAGGUGUAUACGCGCACUUGGGAGAGUGUUUUCUUCAAGGGAACUGGCGGUUGGGGUGGGGAGCGAGGUCCGAAAAUGAACGAGCAUGUUCCUUCAACUCCAGCAAGACGGCCAGAUGCAGUGUCAAGUUUCCAAUCAAAUGCGGAAUCUGCACAUUUGUACAGGCUUAACGGCGAUUAUAAUCCCCUUCAUGCUACCCCUGAGCCAGGGCAAUCUCUGGGGUAUGGUGGGACCAUCAUGCAUGGACUAUUCAGCUGGAAUAUCACGGCACGGGCUGUGUUAUCUCAGUUUGGUGGAAGCGAGGGUCGGCGUUUGCGUGACUUUGAGGCGAUGUUUGCCUCACCCGUUAAACCCGGGGAUAAACUGGAUAUCCUUAUGUGGGAUAUGGGCGUGUGCAAAAGAGCAACAUCUGCAGUCCAGAAUGACGAAAGCUUGCAAGAGGUGCGAUUUAUGGUGAAAGUUGGUGAUAGGGUUGUAUUGUCAAAUGGAAAGGCUUUGUUGAAAUGUGAAGAUGAAGGUGUUAAGGCUAAGUUGUAG